AAUGGUGGUGUUGAAGUCACCAUGUCAAAAUGGUAUCGACUUUUGUGAAACAAUGCUUCGUGACCACAGGAGCGUCAGUCCACAUGGCCUCCUCCACACUGAUCAUGGCCUACACCUCCGGCCUGGUGGUGCAACUCCGAAAACCAGACUCGGAGAUACCCGUGGACCAGGCCCUCGAGUCCUGGAUUGCUGCUGUUCCCUCUAUAGCGGGCUUGCUGGGAAGCAUGCUUGUGUCAAUCGCGAUGGCCUGCCUGGGUCGGAAGCUCAGUCAAAUAGCCAGUAUUCUUGCCUCGAUCAUCGGCUGGCUGGCCGUCUACUUCGCCAAGGACAUCACCCUGCUCCUCAUAGGCCGUUUUUUCAAAGGACUUUCUAUGGGAUCGAGCUUGAUCCUCGUCCCGAUUUUGGUUGGAGAAUACGCCAGUCCAAAAUAUAGAGGAUCAUUCUUAAUGUUCACGGGACUAUUGUCAGCCCUCAACGUUCUCUUGGCUCAUGGCACAGGCCUGUACCUGCACUGGCGAACAAACGCCAUCAUAGGAGCAGGUCUGGCAAUCGCCAAUUUACCUGUUGCAAUCCUCUCUCCUGAAACACCCAGUUGGUUGAUAACAAGGAAGAAAUACGACGAGUGCCAACGCGCCUUCAGGUGGCUUCGAGGUAACGACGAAGAAGAAGAAUUAGCAAAUAUGAUAAAAGCAAGCGAAAUCACACACCAGUUGAAACUUGGAAGAAAAUUCAAAUCCAAAAUGACGAUCAGAGAAAAAAUUAUAAAACUCAAAAGUAUUAUAGUGAAGAAAGAGUUCUACAAACCAAUAUUCAUCAUGAUCCAUGUGUAUACCGUAGGGCAGUGGGCUGGGAGUCAUUUAUUGAACACUUAUGUAUUUGAUCUCAUAGAAAACAUUACAGGAAAAGGUUAUAAUGAGCACGCAUUAGGCUUGAACAUCAAUAGACUCCUUGGUGCUGCUCUAGCUAUAUGGAUAAUAAUGAAAACGAAGAGAAAAAAUUUUUUUUUUGUGUUUUCUGCGUUAAACGCUGUAGUUUUGCUCGUCAUCGCCGCGUAUACGUAUUGGAAAUCGAAAAGUGAUUCUGUGUUGACAUCUCCAACAGUGGGCAUUGUUCUGAUGCAUCUUCAGAUGCUUUUCGUGACAUCUUGCACUCUGCCGAUGCCGUAUGUCAUAGCAGGGGAAAUAUUUCCCCUGAGGUAUAAAAGUAUAGCGGGUGGUUUUACUUUUAUACUGAUAUCGAUAAAUACGGUGGUGUACCUGAAGUCUUUUCCAUAUCUGAUGAAUAGCAUAGGAAUAUAUGGAGCUUACACCCUGUAUGCUGGCAUAAUGAUAUACUGUCUGCUGAUGGUGUACUUUUAUAUGCCAGAGACAAAAGAUAGGACGUUGCAGGAGAUAGAAGAAGAGGUGGUUGGGAAACCCUUGAAGUUGAAGGAAUUGAAAUCUGUUCAGUCAUUAAUUAUUGAGCCUGUGAAAAAGGAUCAAAAGGAUUAAACUAAUGCACCCUCUUCGGUGCUUAUCUCAAACACAUAAAAUAUGUGGUUUUACCUACUUACCAAAGUCAUCAUCAUCAUCAUCAUCAUUUCAGCCACAGGACGUCCACUGCUGAACAUAGGCCUCCCCCAAUGACUUCCACGUCGCACGGUUGGUAGCGGCCUGCAUCCAGCGCCUUCCCGCUACCUUCACGGUACGGACGGAUCAGCAAGCUGAAGUGGCAGUGGGCUGGGCACAUAGUACGCAGAACUGACGGCCGAUGGGGCAGCAAGGUUCUGGAAUGGAGGCCACGUACCGGAAAACGCAGCGUGGGACGUCCACCCACAAGGUGGACCGACGACCUUACCAAAGUCAUGUCGCAAAAAAAUAUAUUUUAUAUUUAUAUUAUUCAGUAUUGUGUAGAUCAGAAAGAAAGAAACAUUUUGUUACCACGGUAAAUAACAAUGCAAACACAAUACCUAAUAAAUACCUGUGAUAUUUCAAUGUGAAUUUAUAUUUGUUUGUAAUAAACACGUGGAGAGUUAGGUACCUGUAAAUGUCAAUCAAGUUACUGGACAUAAUAAUAUCCUUUCCGUAGUUCAUAA